AUGAUGAAGCUGGAUCUAGAAAGUGUAGCAUACCUACUUGGGGCAGGAUAUAGCAUGGUUGAAAUAGAGAGCUUAAGAGGGGUAAAAGUUGAAUUGGAUGAUAUGCCACCAGUUGAGAUGGAUGUAACUGAAGUUGAGGAUAUUCCAUAUGUUGAUGGUGUGAUGGAAGGAAAUGAGGGUGAUGGUCUUAUAAAUGAUGGUGUGGACGAAAAUAAGGGUGACGAUGAGGGUGAUGAAGCUGGUAAAGUAGAAGGUAAGGCUAAUGAUGAUGGUGUUGGUGAGGAUGAUGGAGAGGGUGAUGGUGAUGUUGAGGAUGAAGGUGAGGGUGAUGGUGAGGAUGAUGCAGUAGAUAUGGAGGAAAUGAUUUUGAUGAUGAACGGCAUGUACCACCUUGAAGGACAAGAAAACCCUCAGAAAGGAUCAUCCUAUAAAAGCUGA